CUGUGCAGACGGAGGUGGAGAGGAAUCUCUAAAGAAAACACUACGAUUGGAAGGAUAUUAAGUCAUUUAGAAGUUAUCUAGUUUACUUAAACAUUUUCUAAUUUAUAAUUAACUUGUCUCACAUAUAAAUAUAUUCACUAAAAUGUCUAGAAAAGACACCAUGGGACCCGAGUACUUCCGCUAUCGUGAUGAUGAACGUCGAACGACGAUGACUCACGAAACUAUGGUAGAUUUGAUAAAUAGCAGACGUUCGAAGCAAUCCCUCUUAGAUGCCUUAAGUUUUGGUUAUGGAUUUGUUCCUGAAGCUGCGUUUGCGCCUUAUAUGUCGUCAGAUGAUGAAGAUUAUGAUGAUGGUGAUAGAUAUGGUGUCCCUAGAAACCAUAGUUAUUGUGGCUUUCCUCGAAACUUCCUUGGUAGAGGCCUGCCAAAACCCUCCAAACACAUAACACCAGAGGAAGCAGAAAGAAAUGCCAAUGAACUAGUGGAUGAAGAGGAGAAACUUAAGAAAAAAGCAGAGAGGAAAAAACAGAAAAAGCUGAGACAGAAGGAGAGACGUCGGCAGGAAAAAGUAGAGAAGGAAAAUGCAGAUAAAGAUAAAAAUAAACCGAAGCAAGUUGGCCCUCGAUCACAAAACACCAAACAUGCUGAAAAUGAUCAAAUUAAAAGCAAUAAAUGUACAUCUGUACCUUCUGGCCCUCAACAUACUUCAGACUCCGUGCAAAGCAGUGAUGGCAGUGAUGGCAGUGAUGAAGAUGAGGACUCCACUACUGAACCAGAGGAGCUUGACAUGAAUAGCUGCUUUGUGUCAAACGCAGCAGCCAUCGCAAAGCGCAAACUAGAGGAAAAACCUAAACCUGAAAAGAAAGCUACUCUAGCAAACUCCUGCAAAGAGCAUGGGUCAGAGCAGAAAGUAGCUGCGGUGCCACAAAAACAGAUUGAUAACAACAAGGAGGUGGAGUUGGUCAAUGCAAGUGAUUUUAUUGCAAAAAGUGUGGAGCUGGCAGUUUUGGGUAACCAGUAUGCUGCCUCUGGAAACCUGGAGAUGGCUGUGAAAUAUUUUACAGAUGCUAUAAAACACAACCCUAAAGAGUAUAAGUUAUUUGGGAAUCGUUCUUCCUGCUAUGAAAACAUGCUGCAGUAUGAAAAAGCUUUAACAGAUGCUGAAAUUGCACUUUCUAUGAAUCCCAAAUGGAUUAAAGGACUUUACCGAAAAGGCAAAGCGCUGGUUGGGCUAAAGAGAUAUUUUGAAGCCAGACUUAUCUAUAAUGAAGUGUUAAAGCUGGACAGCACAUGUAAGGAUGCUGCUGAGGAGAUGAUGAGGGUACAGCUCAUGCAGCUCAUGGAAAUGGGAUUCACUAGAGAGCAGAGUUCAAAUGCCCUUAUUCUUCAUGGAACUAUAGAAAAAGCCUUAGAAGGUUUCUCUGGAGUUCCAGGUUUUUCCCCUGUUCAUGUACCCAGAGAAAGUGUGUUUAUGUCUCAAGAAUGCAACCCACAACCUCCAGUUAAAUUCCCUCUCAGGCCUCUUCCUCAGAAUCAGCAUAGACCCAAUAUUCCAGUCACUGCUCCACUUAAUCAUCAUCCUCCAGAGCUAUUCCCUGUCUGGGUUGGAGAUCUGGUGCCUUCUAUAACAGAGGGAAGAAUUUAUUCUUUAUUCAAAUCUGUUGGGCCAGUCCAUAGUGUAAGAGUGUUGCCUGCAAGACGCUGUGCAUUUGUUAACUACACCAGGAAGGAGGACUCUGAGACUGCUAUCCAAGAUUUCAAUGGCCAUGCUAUUGAUGGGAGAGCUCUAGUGGUCCGUUAUCCAGAUAGGAAACACACACAUCUUGGAGUGUCCAGAGAUGCAUCUACAGAGUCCCCAGUGAAGGCUGGCAAUCAGCCUGAUGAAUGUUAUUUUUGGAGGAGAACCGGUUGCAUUAAGAUGGAUCGCUGCACUUUCCAGCAUAUACCAGAAAACAAGGGCAUUGACAGAAAUAAAGAGAAAUCAUACCUCUAAUUCAGAGCAUAAAGCUAGAAGGAUUUGUGCCAAUAAACACAUCACAAAACACAAUGUAAUUGGUUAGGUACAAAAAAAACACAUGUCUUAAACCCCCUUUGUGGGGCAGCGGUCAUUUUUUGUUAUUACACCUAAUUAUAUUUUCUUUAAAUAUCUCUGUCUAUAAACAAGUUAUUGAGAGUUUUUAGUUGGACAACAGGUAUGAGGGCUUAACCAGCUUUAUCCUUUGUGUUAAUUAAUACAAUCCCUUUUACUACAAGUCAAGUAUUGUUUUUAAAUGUUUUGAAAAUGUGUAGCUUUACAUUUUUAAGACUGUCAAAAUUGUAAUUGUCAAUUAAAGUUAACUGCAAUUUUCUUUUUUUUUUUUCUUUUGCUGUUUGCUAAAACCCUUUUGAUAAAAGACCUUGUCUGAGGGUUUAAAAACCAGAAGUAUCGUUAAACUAUUGAGAGUUCAUAUUUGGACCUUAAAAAGGGAUUUCAGCUUACAGGCCUUAACCCUUUUAAUGUUAAUGUAGAAAUGGGCAUGAGCUUAUUAAGAAUUGUAUCCUAUAAGAAACGUAUUAUUAAUAUCCUGUUGUCAUACCGUCUUGAUGAGGGAAGAUUUGCAUUCAGUUUUACCAAUGACAUGUUCUCUGAAAAAAUAAAAAGGUACACUGAGGAAUAAAAGCCCUUUUUUUAUAUAUAUAAUUUAAAGCUCCUGUUUUUUUUUUUAAAGCUCUCCUUUAUGUUUGAUUAUGUGUACUGUAUGUUUGUCUCCAACUGCAGUGAAUUCCAAAUAUUUGUUAUGUUUAAGGAAACAGCAUUUAAUGAAGGUCUCUUUCAUGUCAUGAUUCUCUCAAAUCAUUUGGAAGUCAAUGAUAUGUCAAUGUUGGAUUCCACCUGAGAUCGCAGAAUCCCAAAUUGCACUUCUGCACCUAAGGACUAUUAAAUCGUUGGGAAAUAUUUUUUAAUAUUUUUCCUGUCUCUUUUGUAAAACAAACAGAGAGCAACACAUGUUUUAGCAAUUGUAAUCGGAACAUACUUUCUUUCACUCAUACACUGUCCACAUGAUUGAAAUAGGAAAGAGCGAUCUACAUGUGAACGUAGCAGACUUGAAUAAAAGUGAAAAUGGUGAUACUCAUAUCCACAAACCAGUCAAUUUACACAUGAAAGUUUCAGAUAUUUAAUAAACAAAUACAUAUGUCAAUGUUUACUUAAUUGUAAUAUUGACAUCUAUUAUUUGUGGAAGAAAACAUUUUUCUUUCAUGUUUUGACACCUGUGUGAUUGUAAAUAGAACAUUUGUCUGCACUUUACUUGAAAACAUUUUCACAUUCCUUAAGAUGGUCAAGACAAAUCAGCUGGGAUAAAAUCCCUGUUUUCAGCUGUUGAGAUAUUGCUGAAUGCGCACAUUAAUGUUUAUUCUCAUUCAAAGUCAAUGUCGCACAAUUGCAGCCAAUAAAAAUGAAGGUAAGAUGAACUUAUAUUGCGCACUCAAAUGUUCCUUGUCUCUACAUGAUUUACAAGUUCUUUCUGUUUAGGGUA